AUGCGCUUCGGCGACGGUCCCGGCGGUUCCCCGUGGGCAGCCCCGCCGUCGCCGUGGAACCAGAGCCAGGGACGUUUCGGGGAGGCGGCGGACGGCGAAGCCCCGGCGGAGGAGGUGCCGCCGCGCUCGGUCCGCGGCACGAACGAGAGCAGCAGCCACUUCUACGGGCGGAACGAGGAGCUGGCCAAGCUGGAGAUCGCCCUGCUGGCGCUGACGUUCGCCUUGGCCGUGCUGGGCAACUCCUUGGUGCUGCUGGCGCUCCACCGCACGCCGCGCAAGAAGACCUCCCGCAUGCACCUCUUCAUCCGGCACCUCAGCCUGGCCGACCUGGCCGUGGCCUUCUUCCAGAUCCUGCCGCAGCUCUGCUGGGACGUGACGUACCGCUUCCAGGGGCCCGACGGGCUGUGCCGCGUGGUGAAGCACCUGCAGGUCUUCGGCAUGUUCGCCUCGGCGUACAUGCUGGUGGUGAUGACGGCCGACCGCUACAUCGCCGUCUGCCACCCGCUCAAGACGCUCCAGCAGCCGGCCCGGCGCUCGCGCUGCAUGAUCGCGGCCGCCUGGGCGCUCAGCUUCCUGCUCAGCCUGCCGCAGUACUUCAUCUUCUCGCUCAGCGAGGUGGAGAGCGGCUCGCAGGUCUACGACUGCUGGGCGCACUUCGUCCAGCCCUGGGGCGCCCGCGCCUACAUCACCUGGAUCACCAGCGGCAUCUUCGUGGCGCCCGUCGUCGUCCUGGCCACCUGCUACGGCUUCAUCUGCUACCACAUCUGGAGCAAUGUCCGCGACAAGACCCGCCAGCAGAGGGCGGAGGCGCCGCCGCCGCCGCCCCCCUCCCGAGGGGGCGCCCUCCACCAAGGGCUGCUCCGCGCGCCCUGCGUCAGCAGCGUCAAGAACAUCUCCCGCGCCAAGAUCCGCACCGUCAAGAUGACCUUCGUGAUCGUCUCGGUUUACAUCGUCUGCUGGGCGCCUUUCUUCACCGUCCAGAUGUGGUCCGUCUGGGACUGGCACUGGCACUCCUCCUGGACGGAGUCCGAGGACAUUGUAAUCACAGUCACUGCCCUUUUAGCCAGCUUGAACAGUUGUUGUAAUCCAUGGAUCUACAUGUUCUUUAGUGGGCACCUUCUGCAAGACUUCAUUCAGAGUUUUCCAUGCUGUCAAAAACUAAAACAAACACUGAACAAAGAAGAUUCUGAGAGCAUCAGCAGGCGACAAACUUCUUUCACCAAUAACAGAAGUCCAACAAACAGUUUGGAAACGUGGAGAGCAUCUCCAAAUUCAUCAGAGUCUAUCAAAUUCAUCCCUAUUUCUUCCUGA